AGUUUGCUUUUUCAUGCAGUAGCUCUGGUGCUGGUCUACACUACUGAACAGAGCAAGUGCAGCUGCAAAGUAACUGCUAUAUAUAUAUAGAUAGAUAUUAGAUAGAUAGAUAGAUAGAUAGAUAGAUAGAUAGAUAGAUAGAUGUACAUAUACAAGUAUAUAUCCCUCUGAAGAGGAUUACCUGUUAGAAUUCAUCAUGGAUUAUUCCGUGACUGCUGCAUUGAUGGUUAUGCUCAUCUCUUGUAUCUUUAUCUACAUGAUUUGGGACACAAUGUACCGGAAACACAACCUCCCGCCAGGUCCUACACCUUUGCCUUUGGUUGGAACCUUGCUGUACAUAAAAAGAGGGGAAUUGGUGAAUUCCCUUAUGCAGCUCUGGGAGAAAUACGGACCAGUGUAUACCCUUUAUUUUGGCCCACAACGAGUGGUUGUCCUAUGUGGAUAUGAGGCUCUAAAGGAAGCGCUUAUUGAUCGAAGUGAAGAAUUUGGUGCCCGAGGUCAACUACCUGCCCUGGAGAAAUAUACUCAAGGUUAUGGAAUUAGCUUAAGCAAUGGAGUACGGUGGAAACUUAUACGUAACUUUACUGUAAAGACACUCAAAAGCUUUGGAUUUGGAAAGAAAAGCAUUGAGGAGAAGGUUCAAACGGAAGCAAUGUGUGUAGUGGAAGAGUUUAAGAAAUUUCAAGUUGUUUCCUUGGAUCCAGACAAGAUGUUUAUGGAUGCCUUCUCCAAUGUUCUUUGUUCCAUCAUGUUUGGAGACCGUUUUGAGUAUAAGGAUGAGCAGUUCACUAAGCUUCUCGGCAUUGCAGAGGAUUGUUUCCACGUUCUCAGCUCUCCCUGGGGACAACUCCACAACAUUCUUCCUGCAGUUAUGAACCACAUCCCAGGACCUCAUCACAAGAUAAUCGACCACUCAGAAGAACUGACUGAAUUUAUAUUUGAAAGAGUGAAGGCCAGUCAACAGACCCUGGAUCCCAGCUCUCCCAGACAUUUCAUUGACAGCUUCCUCAUUAAAAUAGAACAGGAGAAGAAUGAUCCCAAUUCAGAAUUCAAUAUGAAGAACCUUCUGGUAACAAUGCAUAACCUGUUUUUAGCAGGAAUAGAAACGGUGGCCACUACCCUGCGUUAUGCAGUACUUAUCUUACUGAGGUACCCUGAGAUACAAGCUAAACUUCAUGAAGAGAUUGAUCGAGUUAUUGGAAGAGAUCGAGUUCCAAAUAUGGAUGACCGGUUCCACAUGCAUUUUACACAGGCUGUGAUUCACGAGGUUCAAAGGUUUGGUGAUGUUCUUCCUCUAAACUUGCCACAUAUGGUUACAAAAGACACCCAGUUUAAAGGAUAUCUUCUCCCCAAGGGCACAGAAAUCUACCCUCUGCUCUGCACCGUUCACCGUGACCCCAAAUGUUUCUCUACUCCAUACAAAUUCAACCCCAACCACUUCUUGAAUGAGGAUGGCAAGUUUCAAAAGAACGAUGCCUUAAUGGCUUUCUCGGCAGGAAAACGGGUCUGCCCUGGGGAAAGCCUGGCUCGAAUGGAAAUUUUUAUUUUCCUCACCACCAUCUUGCAGCACUAUAAAUUGACUUCGAAGACUGAAUUCACUGAGUCCGAUAUUGCUCCAAAAAUGGCUGGGUUUUUAAAUGCCCCUAUCCACUAUGAGCUAUCAUUUGUACCUCGCUAGAGAUGAUGUACACUGAACAAUCAAGUAGACUAUUGCGAAUGGUCACAGCUAUUUCAAGUCAAUAAUGGAAACCUCUAUUUUUAUUAAGUUUAUGCUACCGUAUAUUGUAGGAGUUGAAUAAGAAAACUGUAAGAGUAUACUUUAAGUCACCAUUGCAAAUCUCUGACUAUAUUUAAGAUUAAUAAACAUUAUAGUAAACUUAAAA